AUGGCAGCAAAGAUAUGCCCACAUUGUUUCAAUAAGCAAGAAGUUUACAUUGUGAUGGGGCGGUUCAAAAAUUUCAUCCCUGCAUUGUUUGGUGGUUUGGCUCUCAUUCUUUUGGUUCAAGCUCAGGAUCAAUCAGGCUUCAUAAACAUAGAUUGUGGACUAGCAGCAAAUUCGAGCUAUUCAGAGCCCACAACAGGCAUAAUUUACAUUUCUGAUGUGACCUACAUUGACACUGGUGUAAGUAAGAGCAUACCACCUGAAUUCAAAGAUGGCCUACAACUACAAGCGUGGACACUCAGAAGCUUUCCAGAAGGAAUCCGGAACUGUUACAGCAUAUACAACAUUACACAAGGCACUAAAUAUAUUGUCCGAGCAAUUUUCUCCUUCUUUUAUGGGAAUUAUGGUGGUCGGGGCAAAUUGCCUGAAUUUGAUCUGCAUCUUGGACCAAAUUUGUGGGAUACCAUCAAAAUAGAGAAUAUUUCCGUUAGUGUAAUCAAGGAGCUCAUACAUGUUCCAUCUCUAAAUCACAUACAAGUCUGUCUUGUAAACACUGGUCUUGGGACACCAUUUAUAUCAGCACUAGAGCUAAGGCCAAUAAACAGUUCAUCGUAUGUGACAAAUUUUGGAUCAUUGUCGCACUUCUUUCGCUCUGAUUUGGGUUCAGAAAAAGGAUACAGGUAUAAGGAUGAUGUUUAUGAUCGCUAUUGGUCACCCUAUGACUACAAUGAUUGGAAAGCUGUAAGUACCUCGUUGACAGUAAACUCAGAAAGACAUAAUGCUUACUGGGUACCAUCUGUUGUCAUGAGUACUGCUGCUACACCAAUAAAUGAGAGUGCUCCCAUGGAAUUCUACUGGCAGCCAACUGACACAAAUUCUGAAUUUUAUGUCUACAUGCACUUUGCUGAAGUUGUAAAGCUAAGAGCCAAUGAGUCCAGAUCAUUCAACAUUACAAUAAAUGGUACCAAAGAGCCAAAGAGUCCAGAGCACUCUUAUGGACCCCUUUCUCCUAGAUACUUGUUGACGGAUACUGUGUACAGCAGAGCGGCCUUGACAGGAGGAAAAUAUGUUUUCUCUAUCGUCAAAACUGAGAAUUCAACACUUCCACCAAUCAUCAAUGCAAUUGAGAUAUAUACAGUCAAAAAUCUCUCACGAUCAGAAACCGACCAACAAGAUGAUAGACGCUACACAAAACCCAAUCUUAAGUUAGUCAACAAGGCGAACCUGGAUAAGUUGCUGAAAGCCGAAAUAUACGUGAACGAGGCUGACGGUCAGCUCCGGGCAGCGCACUUAAUUCUCGGCUAUACCCCCAUUUCCUUUGCUUUUCAGGCGCCGAAGUGCGUGAUUAGAGCUCGCGAUCCUCGGCUUCACCGUAUCAGUGUUGCCUAUGAAGGGUUCAUUGUUCCAGAGGGUAUUCCGCUUCCUCAGUACACAUCUCGCACAGAGCUUCUUUUCGUAGCCAGCGUCCCGGCAGGAACUUCUUCAUCCCUACCUACCCUUAGGGAAAAGGAAGUAAAAGGGAGAAAGGAAAAGAAGAAAGGCGAGAAAAAGAUCGUAGCAGUCUCUGAGUCCUCGGACGAUUUCGGGAUUUUUGAUCAACCCAUAAGCCCUGAGGAAGAUCCUGCCGAGAUGGGGAUACAAAGAAAACCCUAA